CCUGCUCCAGGCGUUGGUGGUUCGUCCGCCGCUGCUGCUUCUCCUGUCUCUCGCCCGCCUGCCUGCCGGACUCGCCGCUGCCGCUCCUCCCGGUGCGCCUUUGGGGAUUAGCAUCGCCGCGGGCCGGCCACAUGGGCGUGCACGUGGAGACCAUCUCCCCCGGGGACGGGAGGACCUUCCCUAAGCGCGGGCAGACCUGCGUGGUGCACUACACGGGUAUGCUGGAGGAUGGAAAGAAGUUCGACUCUUCCCGUGACAGGAACAAGCCAUUCAAGUUUGUGAUGGGCAAACAGGAGGUCAUCCGUGGCUGGGAAGAAGGGGUUGCCCAGAUGAGCGUUGGGCAGCGAGCCAAGAUGAUAAUCUCGCCAGACUAUGCCUAUGGUGCCACCGGCCACCCGGGUAUCAUCCCACCCAAUGCCACCCUAAUUUUUGACGUGGAGCUUCUAAAAAUGGAAUGACAGGAGGCAUGUGUUCUUCCAUCUCCCUGCUCCGGGGUUUGGCACAUGGAGAAAUCCAGAAAUCUCUGCUUCAAGAUGAAUGCACAUGAAUUUGUAUGGAGCUUUCCCAGCUGUCCACUACAUCCACCCUGAUUUGAAUGUUUUUGGGUCACUCGGCUCUGCUUCUGAUUCUCCUUCCUUGUUUCCUUCCAAUAUUUGACAUUUUUAAGCUACAUGCUGUAAAACCUCAGCUUAUCUGUUCUCUUGUUUUGGGUUUUUUUUUGUUCUGGUCAGGUUCUUUAAUCUUAUUAUAUAUUUUUUGGUGUAGACUUGAGUUGUGUAUGAUCGAGCAUUGCUAGUAAAUAUACUGGUUGGUUCACAUUAUAUAGGAAAAGUUGCUUGAAACGAGGCAAGCCUUUGUUUCGUUUCUGUUUUUUGGGGAAGUACCUUAUUGUAUUAAAAACCCAUUUUUCUGCUGCAAAGCCAUACAAAGCAGUUUGAGAGGCUGUCGAGGGCUGAAUCACCGGGAAGCCUCAGUCAUAGGAGUUGAUGCGGUUCUCUGCCUGAAACUUGGGGCCACAAGGGACUCUUCCCCCCACCCCCACCCCCUGGCCCCCCCACCCCACUACCAUCUUUGGGAAGGGGCAUUUUCCAUGGUGACGUAGCGUCAACCUUGUUCCUCUGGGGCAGCUCUCUCCCCCAGCUCAUUGACCUCUUCCGCCGCCCCCUGCCAGUAUUGUGGUGCGUGGUGUUUUCUACUAGAUUUUCAGGAUAUUUUUACCUUUUAGCAGUCUGAAUCCCUGCAGCUAGCUAAAUCCAAGGACUUCGAAAGGUGCUGCUUUUCCCCACUGGGGUGGGUGGGUGGUGGGGAUGAACCCAUGCCCGCUCCCCAGCCCCCGAGUGCGGACACACCGUAGAGAGUUCUUAACGGAGAUCUGAUGCUGGUCAUCGCAGCUUGCCACAGCCUCCUGGGCAAUGCACCGACCCCCCGUCCUGGUGUCCUGCUGACCCCCCUCCCCUCACGUAGUGAGUUUUGGUAAGAGAAUUGCUGCUGCCUCUUCCUCCGCCUCCUCCUCCACCAUCACCACGUAAACACAUAGAGUUUUAUUAUUGCAAUAAAAAUGCUUUACGCUGGCUUUUCUCAA